AAAGAAAAUUCUAAAAAGAUUUAUUUAUUUUUUUCCUUGCAAGACCGCCAACCCCACACACACUCUCAGCUGUCCAUAAAGAAUAAGAGAGAAAAGGCAUGGAAUUAAAAAACUAGACAGCGAAAGUGAUCGAUCGAUCGAUCGAUCGACCGACGGAUCAGCGGAUCACAGCAAAGGAGAAUAGAAAAUGAGAGGGAAAAAAACAUCGGUAGCAAUAAUCAUUUGAUCUUGAAUUCUUGAUCCACUGCUCCGAGGAGGAAGAGAAGAGAGAUGCCUAGCUCCACCACCACCAACCUCGCGCCGCCCGGUGCAUUGCAUGCAUUUGUUAAAUCAAUCGAUCUCUUCUCUGCGGCCGCCCCGCGCACAUCGCGCUGCCCUGCUGCUGCUGCCGCUGCGUGCGCAUCACUGGAAAGAUGGGUCUGUGGGGACUCCCUCCCUCCCUCCCUGCGCCAUGAAUGAUGCAUACGCCUUUUCUUUCCGGCAUCCCCCUGGCACAGCUCGCCUCCCACCUUUCCGCCUCCUCUGCCCAUGCUCUGCUGCUGCUCUCUUGCCUCUUCUUUCCAGAGUAGGCGCUGUUGGGUAGGGAGCAGCAUCGGCGGCGGCGGCGAUGUCGAAGGAGACGGAGUACUACGACGUGCUCGGCGUCUGCCCCGCCGCCUCUGACGACGAGAUCCGCAAGGCCUACUACAUUAAGGCGAGGCAGGUGCAUCCUGACAAGAAUCCCAAUGAUCCGCAAGCGGCCGAGAAGUUUCAGGCUCUUGGAGAGGCGUACCAGGUGCUGAGUGACCCUCUGCAGAGGAAGGCCUAUGACGGCUACGGCAAAAACAGCAUAUCCAGGGAGAACAUACUGGAUGGCACUGUUGUUUUCACCCUUCUUUUUGGGAGCGAGCUGUUCGAGGACUACAUUGGCCAUCUUGCAAUGGCAACAAUGGCUUCCUCCGAGCUGACAAGCGACAACGACAGCCCCAAAAAGCUUCAGGAUAGGCUCAAGAAUGUACAAAGGGAAAGGGAAGAGAAGCUAGCUCGAUUCCUCAAGGAAUUCCUCUCGCAAUAUGUUUGCGGCGACAAGGAAGGAUUCGCUAAUCGUGCGGAGUUCGAGGCGAAGAGGCUCUCCAGUACUGCAUCUGGACUGGACAUUCUCCGCACCAUCGGAUAUGUCUACUCCCGACAAGCGGCAAAGGAGCUUGGCAAGAAGGCCAUGUACCUAGGUGUGCCAUUCGUGGCCGAGUGGGUGAGGAACAAGGGACACCUGUGGAAAUCACAGAUCACAGCAGCGAAAGGAGCCCUGCAGCUGCUGCAGCUGCAAGAGGAGGCCUGCCGGCAGAGUGCCAAGGAUGGCAGCGCCACCGAGCACGAUGUCGACCUGCAGAUGAGGAUGAACAAGGACCUGAUGAUGAGCUCGCUGUGGAAGCUGAAUGUUGUGGAUAUUGAAAUGACCCUCCUUCAUGUUUGUGAAAUGGUGCUGCAUGAAAACAAUGUCAAGAAAGAGGAUCUAAAGGCCCGUGCGACGGCCUUGAAAAUUCUUGGGAAAAUAUUUCAGAGGGAAAAAGAGGCAUUACCAGGGCCAUCAAAACAAACAGUUCUCGACGACGACAGCAGUUCGGAUGAUAGUUCAGACGAGGACGUGGCUCAGACGGCGCCAUAUCGCACUCCUGCAUUUACUCAGGGAAUUGGCAAGCUGUUUAGAUGCUUAUGCAAUCCAGCUUAUGAUGUUGAUGAUGAUUUUGAACCUCGCAAAUGAGUGCUAAAGAAGCAGAGACACCAGUAGAUGUUUCAAAAGAUCCGCAAACUUUUGUCAAAUAUAUGCUUCAGAACAGUGGGGAUCCAGAUCAUACAUCACCAUGCUACCCCUCAAGGAUAUAUACAUGUAGAUGCUACUUCAGCACUGGUGAUCAGACCGACAGUAGUUGCUCAGUCUUUUUUUGUUCCUUUUUGGGAAAUAGUUUCAACCGAAUUGUGUUGUGCGUUUGUAAUUGAUUAUUAUUGAUGUCGUCAAAAGAAGAAAAAGAACAAGUGUCUUUGAAAGUCCAUUUUUCCGAUCCCAAAACGAUAUGGGUAAUCCUGGCACGAAU